ACGUGACGAGCCAGUGACGUGGUCGUCGACAUCGCGCCACUUCGCCAUCCAAUCCACGCGCAAUCGUUGCUCCUACCAUACCACUCAUUUCAGUCUGACUGGAACGACCGCCACGAACGUGGCCCAGCUAGUAGUUGGACUUUGUCUGAUUAUACAUUCAUAUAAAAAGCUCUCAGCGGGGAAGGAUUCCCACACGACCUCAGUUAUUCAAACGGUUAACAGUGUUAUGUUAAAUACUUGGUAUAACAAGGAUUAUUAAUAUUACAUCAAUAAACUAAUUGUAAACACUAGUCCAAUAAGAUGGCUCCAAAUAUAUCGGAGGAUGUGAACGGGGUACUCUUCGAGAGCGAUGCAGCGACGCCGGACCUGGCGCUGUCCACUCCCCCUGUGCAGAAGGCUGACAACAGACCCAAGCAACUGGUGUGGAGGAACAUACUACUGUUCGCGUAUCUUCACUUAGCGGCCCUUUACGGAGGUUACCUGUUCCUCUUCUCAGCUAAAUGGCAGACAGACAUAUUUGCCUACAUCUUGUAUGUGAUCUCCGGGCUUGGUAUCACGGCUGGAGCUCAUCGCCUGUGGGCCCACAAGUCCUACAAAGCUAAAUGGCCUCUCCGAGUUAUCCUGGUCAUCUUUAACACGGUGGCGUUCCAGGAUGCCGCUAUGGACUGGGCGCGCGACCACCGCAUGCAUCACAAGUACUCGGAAACCGAUGCCGAUCCUCAUAACGCGACCCGAGGAUUCUUCUUCUCUCACAUUGGCUGGCUGCUCGUCAGGAAACAUCCCGACCUUAAGGAGAAGGGCAAGGGACUCGACAUGAGCGACUUACUGGCUGACCCCAUCCUCAGGUUCCAGAAAAAAUACUACCUGAUCCUGAUGCCCUUGGCUUGCUUCGUGAUGCCUACCGUGAUUCCGGUGUACUUCUGGGGUGAAACCUGGACAAACGCAUUCUUUGUGGCUGCCAUGUUCCGCUACGCGUUCAUCCUGAAUGUGACGUGGCUCGUCAACUCUGCCGCUCACAAGUGGGGAGACAAGCCCUACGACAAGAGCAUCAAGCCUUCCGAAAACUUGUCGGUCGCCAUGUUCGCUCUCGGAGAAGGAUUCCACAACUACCACCACACUUUCCCCUGGGAUUACAAAACUGCUGAGCUGGGCAACAACAAACUCAACUUCACUACUACCUUUAUUAACUUCUUCGCUAAAAUUGGCUGGGCUUACGAUCUGAAGACAGUGUCUGAUGAUAUCGUCAAGAAUAGGGUGAAGCGCACUGGUGACGGCUCCCACCACCUGUGGGGCUGGGGAGACGAAAAUCAAUCCAAAGAAGAAAUUGAUGCCGCUAUCAGAAUCAAUCCUAAGGACGAUUAAUUGUACCGCAGAUUACGUGGGUAUGUUUAACCACGCAAAUUUUAUUUAAUAGAUAUCUAGAGAUUUUAAUCAUUAGAAAUACUUGUGAAGCAUAAAUUAUUACCUGAAUGCACUGCGGUCAAUGGAUGAAACACAGUUGCUAUAGAAUACUAAGCAGCCAGUGACCCUGUUGAGUUGCGUGACAUUACUUCCGUAGACGCUACCAUGUGAGGCGUGAACCGGUGGCCGUCAAACGGACCACUGCUUCACAUUCAUUAAUUUAUAUUGUCGCCAUAGCAGCUUAUUCUGUCUUCCUAGUUUUCACUUUCAUAAUACAGAAAUUAAAUUAAUCAUAAUUCGCCUUAUUGCAUCCUAAAUAUCGCAUUACCAAAAUAUUUUUUUUUUUUCUAAUAAUAUAACAUACUUUAAAGUAAACUUAAAGUUUACUAAUGUCUGAGCAAGUUAAUCUAUGUGAUAGAUAUAAUUUGAUAGAGGUAAUCACACAUCAGUAUUAUAAACCACAUAUUGUUAUUUUAUUUUAAUAUGGUUAUGCAGGUAACUAGUCUUUUGCAUUUGUAAGAAGUUAAGUACAAACAUUAUGAUUUUAAAAUCCCAGUAAAUUAAUAAUAUUAGAAAUUCUGAUGAGCUUACUUAUGAAAGAAAUAUGUGGUAUAUAAGAUCUAAGUUAUUUGUUUCAUGUUGUAAAAGCAGAUACAGAAGUAACAGGUAAAUGGUUGGGUUUAUCCCCAUUUAUAUUUAUAUUCUGUAAAAUACGUAGAAAUGCACGAAAGUUAAAUAACUUGUUUAUUAUUUGAAUAUAACAAACAAUACUGAAUACAGCGUAAAAAAUAAUGGGUCAGCUGGUCUGUCCCCCAGAUUGCUUAUGUGUUGGUAUAGUUUGAUGAAAGUUAUUUAUGUACUCGUAAAUACGUAUGUGCUUAUACAACGUGUAUUGUCGACUGAUGUGUAAGAGAAUUGUGAUAAUUAGAAGGGUAAACAAUUUACCCAGUAUGUAAGCGGAAAGUGAACAAUUGUAGGCUAUUUAGAAAGUAUGCCUGAAUUUAUUAUUAUAAUUAAUUUUAUUUCAUUAAAACGCAUACAUGAUCUUUACUAAUGUCAUUUCAUUAUUAAACUAUUCACACAUCAUGUAGCUUAUUCAAAUACUUAAUUUGUUUUUCUUUUUAAUUGUUUGAUAAUAAUUACAUUGCUGUAGCACAACAUUAUAAA